CCGAGCGCGGAACGGAACGGGACGGGACGGAACGGGACGGGUCCCGCGGGGCGCUCGGCGCUGCCCAGCCGCAGGAAUGGCCAUGGCCCGGCUGGCAGCGCUGGCCCGGCACGGGCUGCAGCUCCUGCACCGGGCAGCCCCGGCGGGCAGUGCCCUGCACACAAAGAUGCCCUCUGUGUCUCCCAAGGUGACCACCAGCUACAUCCAGGGACCCACAGAUGUUCCCCUUCUUGACAAAACCGUGGGGCAGUGCCUGGAGGAGACUGUGCAGCGCUUUCCUGACCGCGAGGCCUUGGUCUUCUGCCGGGAUGGGGUUCGGAAGACAUUUGCCCAGUUCAAAGAGGAGGUGGACCAAGCAGCAGCUGGACUUCUGGCCCUUGGCCUGAGGAAGGGAGACCGGCUGGGGAUGUGGGGACCCAAUAAAUACGAGUGGGUUCUUAUGCAGUUUGCAACUGCCCAGGCAGGAAUCAUCCUGGUGUCUGUGAAUCCAGCCUACCAGGCCUCUGAGCUGGAGUUUGUGCUCAGGAAGGUUGGCUGUAAGGCCCUGGUGUUCCCCAAUCAAUUUAAAACACAGAAAUACUAUGAUAUUCUAAAGCAGUCAUGUCCUGAACUAGAAAAUUCCAGUCCUGGGGGAAUAAAGAGCAAAAGGCUACCUGACUUAUCCAUUGUCAUCAUGUGUGACUCUAAGCUGCCUGGCACCUUCCACAUGGAUGAAGUGAUGCAGGCUGGGGACAGCAGCCACCUGAAGCAGCUCAGGGCCGUGCAGCAGACACUGUCCUGCCAUGAGCCCAUCAACAUCCAGUUCACUUCAGGAACAACAGGAAGCCCUAAAGGAGCCACCCUGUCCCACAGGAACAUUGUGAAUAAUGCCAAUCUGGUUGGUCUGAGGCUGGGGAUCACAGACCAGGAGAGUCGCUCUGGGCUCCCUGCGCCUCUCUACCACUGCCUGGCGUCGGUGGGAGGCUGCAUGGUGAUGGCUCUGCAUGGCACCUCCUGCAUCUUCUCAUCUCCCAGCUUCGAGGGCAAGGCUGCACUGGAGGCUGUGUCUCGAGAGAAAUGCUCCUUCCUCCUCGGCACACCCACCAUGUUCAUAGACAUGCUCUCCCAGCCGGACUUCGACUCCUAUGACCUGUCAACUCUCCGGGGAGGAAUUAUUGCAGGCUCUCCUGUUCCCCCUGAGACCAUGAGGACAAUUAUCACCAAGAUGCACAUGCCAGAGCUUGUGGUUGCCUAUGGGACCACAGAAAACAGCCCUGUCACCUUCAUGGGGUUCCCCAAUGACAACAUGGACCAGAAAACUGAGACAGUGGGAUACAUCUUUCCCCACACAGAGGCAAAAAUUGAGGAUCCAGAAACAGGGCAGUCUGUGCCUCUGAACGCUCCAGGGGAGCUUCAGAUCCGUGGCUACUGCGUCAUGCUGGGCUACUGGAAUGACCCUGCCAAGACAAGUGACGUGAUCACUGCUGAGAGGUGGUACAAGACAGGGGACCUCGCCACCCUGAACGAGCAUGGCUACUGCAGAAUUAUAGGGCGUUGCAAGGACAUGAUUAUUCGGGGAGGAGAGAACAUCUAUCCAUCAGAACUUGAGCAGUUCCUCCACACCCAUCCCAAGGUUGAGGAGGUCCAGGUGGUUGGUGUGAAGGAUUCGAGGAUGGGAGAAGAGAUCUGUGCCUGCAUCCGACUGCGGGCUGGGCAGGACUGCAGCGAGGAAGAGAUCAAAGCUUUCUGCAAAGGGAAGAUCUCGCAUUUCAAGAUCCCACGUUAUGUUGUGUUUGUGAGCCAGUACCCACUCACUGUCUCAGGCAAGAUUCAGAAAUACAAGUUGAGGGAGCAGAUGGAGAGGCACUUGCAGCUCUGAGAUUGGGAAGGCAGAGCAAAAACCAGGACAAAUCAACUCCAUUCCAGUCAGCUCUGAGUCUGGUUUGACCUGUGCCUUGGGCUAUGCAAGGAAGACUUUCCCUCCCUGACAUCAGGCUGAUGGCACUUUUAGUCAAUAAAACAAAGUGCCUUUUUUUUCCA